AUGUCGUCCUUCCAGGUCACACCGAGCAACUUGACCGGCAGUCUGGGUGGUCUUCUCAUCGGUGGCCUUGCCGCCACAGCCCUAUCCGGAGUGGUUGUUAUGCAGACCAUUCUCUACUUCCGGAUUUUUGAAAGGGACGAGUCUGGCCUUAAGCUCGUAGUUGGAGCCAUCUGCUUCCUAGAUAUACUGCACACGUGCAUGGUGUGGGCUGCCGACUGGAUGUAUAUGGUCGACAGCUUUGGGAACAUGAAUAUCACCAAUCAUGUAUUCUGGCCUGCUGGGGUGACAAUAGCACUGACGGCAGCUACAACCGUUACCGUUCAUUUAUUCUUUUCGUAUCGUUUAUUCCGAUUGAGCAAGGGCAAUUACUUUAUUACAUUGCCUCUUGUGUUGUUGGCACUGGCCCGAUUUGCGUCUGCCACAGCUACCUCUAUCGAAUUGUUCGUCCACCUACUUGUUCCCGAAUUUCCAGGGCCUCAUCAUGAUGUUUUCAGGAUCAAGCUCGGCCAGUUUUCCGAAUUUUACGCUCAUUUCCGCUGGCUGUUCACACUGGGCCUUUCCCUGUCCACCGCCGUCGAUGUCAUGAUCACCUUCAGUUUGUGCACUUACCUCAGGAGGAGCCGACGAGGUGGUACCGGGAGGCUGGACAAUAUUCUUGAUUCAAUGACACUUUACACCAUCGAGAACGGUAUGGCAACUUGUAUUGCCACUGCUAUAUCUCUGGUCUUCUGGCUAGUGAAACCGCACGAGCUGGUCUAUCUUGGUUUGCACUUCGCAAUUAGCAAGCUCUACAGCAAUUCCUUCCUUGCAUCCAUGAAUGCGCGGAAGCUCUUACGAGCGCAACAUGUUAGCAACUCAGAAUCUGGUGGCCACGGGUUCCCUGCCAGCCUCUCGAACCGCUUCUCGCGGCGGCAUAGGCAAUCAGUGCAGGAGACGGUUGACCUAUCAGGCACUAAGAUGCAAAUUACUGUUGACAAGACUGUUGACUACGUGAUCGACAAUCCACUGCCGUCACCGACGUCGCACCAGGAAAUGUCUGACAUCAAGUCACAUCCACACGCCGUCUGA